GUGCUAGCUUACUCACAUAUUCAAAGGACUGCUCACUCACCUAUAGCAGCGCCUACAGAGAACGGCAUAGACUCAUCAAAUUUAGCUGGAACCUGCCCUGAAACGGUCACUUGGCUAACCUACUCACCUAAGGGCAUAGCCUAGACCAUCAAAACAGCCAUGGAAUGUACUAGUCCUAAGUAGCGGUAUACAUAUACACUCAGUAGACCAGAAGGAGCGCACUGAAAUUCUUCUACGCAGUAACAUUGCCUUCCGGGCAACCGCCAUCAACUUCACCGCUCGUGAGGCAGGAUCAUAUUGGGCUGUUUUCCCACGCCAUAAUUGUGCCCAACAAAGAGGCAGGACUCUAAGCCCCACCAAGCCAACCUACCAUGGCUGACGCGGCGCUCUCCAACAACCCUGUCUCCACCUCAUUUCGCCAUCCACCUUCCGCUUUCGUCGAGGUCCAGCAACAGCAGCACCGCACGGAGGGCGGAUCAGAGCUCUUCAUGGAAAGCCUUCUGCCCGCUGACUUGACAUUUGCAAUCGAGUUUGAGGACCAGCAGCCCAAGCCACUGAAGCCUCCUGCCUUCAAGCCCACCGCCCUGCCUACCCAGCUCCUGCAGCCCUCGUCUUCCGCCGUUCCCCUUCACAAUCCCUGGAGCUACGACCCAGCGGCUGAAGACCACUUUGGCAACAGCAGCCCUGCGGCAACUCCCCUUCCUCAAGCCCACUCCCACCAUCCCGCACAUUACCCAGCGCCUCCUACCUUUCUCCAGUCCAGCUGCAGCGUCCCCGUCUCCUCCCCGCAACGCCACCCCAAUUCCUCCAGCAACUCCCGCUUCCCCCCACCCCUGCCUACCACUCAGCACCCGCGCGGGAGCCCCGCCUUGGGCUCUCCGCUGUCCUCCAAUCCCUCAGUUUCCCUCCGUCUCGCCUCCAACGGCAGCCCUCACGCCUCUCCACGCCGCUCCCCCGGCCAGAUGAACGCAGAGGAGUAUUACGCCGCCGGUCAGCCGCCGCCGCCACCACCAAGGGAGGGAGCUCGGGGCUGCGAGGGCAGUCUGCGGAAUGCCCUGCUAAGCCGCAGCUUUGUCCGCCGUACAAGCGCUAGCAGCGGUAACAACUUCCAGUCGCCUCCACCGCCGCCACCGCCGCCGCCACCGCGUGAUGGCUCGCCGACGCCGUACUGUCCCCCGUUGGACCUCGCGAACCUUCCGUUUCACGGCGACGGCUCCGUCAUCGUUACCCAGAACUCCCGUGGCAGCGGCGGUGCGACAAACGGCGCCGCCGGCGACUGCUGGGUCCCCCCGCCUCCGCCGCCACCUCCGCCGAGCAGCAAGACCAACACGCCGCGUACGCCCCCUGGCGUCAUGUCGCCUCCGCCGCCGCCGCCGCCGCCGCCCCCGCCGCGCUUUGAGCAGGACCGCCUUCGCAGCACCCGGAGCGCCUCAUGCGCUACCACAGUACAACACCUGUCGUACGGCAACAACGGCUACAGCUCAGCCGCCCCGCCUCCGCCGCCGCCGCCACCACCUCCCCCACGGUCCGCCGCUGAGGCUAACGACGGCGCCGCCGCCGCUGGUGCUGACGCCGACGGCGCCGCCGCUGGCUUCCAGGCCCCGACCCUGGAGGAGGCCCAGCGACUUGUGGCUGCGGCGCUGCAGGAUGGCUCUGACGGCAGCCUGGCGGCGGCGCUCGAGCUCUCGUCCAAGCUUCAGACCCUAGCGGCGCAGCGCAUGGCCUCCUCGCAUGCGGCCGCCGGGAGCCCUGCCCGCCAGUCGCCUUCCGGAGCCAACGGAAACGUUACUGUUCUUCGCAGUCCUUCGCCGCUGGGAGGUACCGUCCCCGCUGGUCGCGGUGCAAGCGGCAGCCUUUUGGGGCAUCCCGCUCCACCUCCGCCACCGCCACCGCCACCACCGCCGCCGCCGGCGGACAGCGGGCGUCUGGCUACCAUGGGCAGCGGCGCCUAUGCGAGGUCGACCGGAGCCGUUCCCCGGGGCUCCCCAGGAUACAGUGUGCAGCCACCGCCGCCUCCUCCGCCACCACCGGCGCGGCACCUCAGCCUCGGCAGCGGCACAAUGUCUCAGAUGCUUGGCCACGCGCCUCCGCCGCCGCCGCCACCUCCGCCGCCGCCGCCGCCUGCACGCAUGCCGGCACCUCAGCCGCCGAGUUCCGAUGUGGCUGCGGCUAUGUCGGCUCUUCCGGAGGUCCGCAGCCCCUUUGCCUUGUACCAGCGCAGCAACGAUGGGGACUACUGCCCCACGCCUCCCGACGAGACUGCCUUGUUCCAGCAGCACCUCACGCAGAUGACGCAGCUAGGCCCUCUCUACACGGCGGCCCUAGCUGCCGCCGCGGCGACCGCGGGGUGCCCGUACGACAACCCGUAUGCGGGCGUCUUUGGGUCGUUGCUGACGACACCCUUUGGAAACCCCGAUUCAUUUUGCGGCAUUGGCCAGGACGCCUAUGGCUGCGGCGGCGUGUUUGGUAACAACCUGUACGGCAACUGUGCGACAAGCACGGCAGCUGCUGGCGUCGCGGAUGUUGGAGAGGAUGCGUCCCUCGCGUCGCUGCUGACGACGCUGGCGGCGCUUGCGAAGCAGAGCGGCGGCGGCGCCGCCGCCAUGGUCGCUGCCGCCGGCAGCGGCGGCGGGAUGUCCCCGAACGCGGUUUCCGCUGGCAUGGCUAGUGAGGGCAGCGCACCCUCCGCUGGCAGCAGCAGCAGCAACGCCACUUCCGUCGCUACCAACACCACGACGCCGGAGGGUCCCUCCACACCUUCCAGCACCAUUGGCGGCGCCGUCGAGUGUGAGACGUCCUCGCCGCUCCUCAUAAACGCUGCUGCGGCUGCUGCCAAGUGCAACGACUGUGUCGAGCCCGAGGAUUUGGUGCCUUCAGGCGCUGUUGCGGCAGGUGCGGAGCGUCAGGCGGUAAGGAACGGCACACUUCAGAGCUUGGCUGCCGCGGCUGCUGCGGCGACCUCUUCAAACGCUUCGGUGGCUGCUCUGCAGCAGGCCCUGGCCCUCUUGGCUGGAGAGCUCCCCGCGGGCUCAGCCGGUGCUUGUGGAGGUGCCGCCAAGGAGAGCGGGGACGCUGCCACCGUGGCAGCUGCACUUGCGCUGCCUGGCGUGACAGCUGCGGAUGUCCAAUUGGCCAAGAACCUGCACGCGGCGCUGAAGGUGGUGGCGAUGCUUGAGUCUGUUACUGGCCAUGCCAACUAAAUUCAUGAGGACGAUAUGCGCGCAGGACGGUUAGGAGCAGAGCUUAAGGCUAACGUUUUGUCGAGUUAAGGAAACGCUCUGGAAGGCAGCUCAAAGGACGGCUAUGGUUGUUGCGAUAAGACGGUCCUUGUGAUCUUGUGAAGGCUUGGGUGUUAAGUUGGCAUAGGUGUUAGAUCCUCGUAGAAUUCAGAAUAACUUUCUCUUUUAUCUUGACCCUGGAAAGCGUUGAGGAUGCCUUCCUUUAGUCAUACUACAUAAAAACGGAUCGGGGUGUUAUUUCUUUGGUUGGUAGCUCGCUUGAAGCUCUUUCUUUUUGGCAUGUUAGUGGUGUCUGGGACACCCAUUAUCUUUUUGUAGGCUAAUGCUGGAGUUGUGCGGGGUGACCUUAUUGAUGGCUUGUAAUACCCCAGUAAUAUGUUAUAAGGGUUCUAUCCCAACAGGAAGGCAGGCAUGUCCCAGAGCGGCGUGAGAUAGGAUGUACUUGCAGAGGCUGGGCGCGCGCUUGCUUGACGACGGUUGGCAAGUCUUGAUAUCUUCCUUAAACCGCAGAGUGCGAUUAAUUUACCAUAAUUACUGUAGUUUCUUAAUACCUUUUGGUGUAGUUGUUAUAUAACACCCGUGUACUCUUACUAGUGUGCGGUAACCCUGGCAAUUACCUGUGACACCUAUGGGUUCAGCAUGCGUUUCCAGACCCAUUCCACAGUUAGGGUGUAAGCAGAGAUGGUGCCAUAAAUGAAUAUUUUGCUGUCUUGUGCCGUACGAAUUGCUGAAAGGUAGAGCUACGGCCCAGGUACUCGUGCCCAUGUCGAGAAGCCGUGCCCCCGAUGUGAUUGUGGGAGCACUUUGUGAACCUGCGCUCAACCUAACCAACGUGCCUAGGCAGGCAGCUAGCUCGUAUAAGCGGCUCUGUCGGUAGGCGUAGUGACCCAUCGUCAGUGUUAACCCAUCCUGCCAAUCUUAUGGUGCGGCUUGUUUGGCGGCAUUGUUGAGUUGUGGACCAGGCUAUUAGCGCUAGGGUGCCAUUUGCUAGGCAGUGGGCUUAGCUUGUAUAGCGUAGCCAUCCAAACCCUAGCCAAGCCUAGCCCACUAAAGAUACAAAGCGCGACCCGUGUGGUUUGUUGCUGAUUGGUUAUUAGCCGCUGUUAAAGAGAUUUCCUGGCUCGGACACAACCUUAUGCCGUAUGUGUGUGUUGACAUGGGAUGCUGAGUUUCGCUACAACUGUUUGUUUGGCCCCUCCUUACGCCAGGCAUGAAUGAGCAGGCGGUACGGAUUUGUGCCGUACGUGCAGAAUAAUGCAGUAGCGACUUGGUUGCCUACUUUAGAUUCGUCUUAACUAAAUGGACGUACGACAGUAACAGUCAGCCUAGUUGACGGGUAUGCGUGUCAUCUGUGUAUGCGUGUCACCAAUGUUGGUGCUGUAGUAGGAAACCGUGUAACAGACAUUCGACUCUA